AUGACCGAAUGCUGGAUUUGCCUGCGGUCAUCCUUCCAAGAAGAUGGCCAAGCGCGGGAGCUACAGCUUGGUUGUGGCCACACAUUUCAUGAAGCUUGCUUAUUGGAAGUGCAGGAAGUGAGUGGGUCAUCGAAAUGCCCUGCCUGCUCUGCCAAUGGUCAGUGGUCAGCUUCUGGCCUUUGCAAAGUGGCAGCGGUGGAAUACCUCCGCGCUAUCCGCUCCACCGCACCAGAGACCCCUGCUCGCUUCGUGGUGGUUCAGCGCUGCUGGGGAUAUCUCCACGAUGCCAUGGCAUUGGAUGCUUCGCACAGCAAGAGCAUGGUGCUGGCAGGCAUAUUACAUCAAUCAGGACUGGGAACUGAAAAGAAUGAGACCAUGGCAGCCAAGGCGGCCAAGGCGUUUGAGCUUUUUAGCCAGGCACACGCUCGCGGAGAUGCACUUGGAACGCUUCACCUGGCACGUUGUUACAAGAAAGGCUCGGGAUGCGGACAAGACACUUAUCGUGCGCGCCAACUCUUUACGGAAGCAGAUGCUGCUGGGAACACAAUGGCUACCCUGGAAUUGGCGUUAAUGUGCCGUUCGGGAUUAGGAGGCGAGACGAAUUUACAGAGAACCAUGGAGCUCUUCCAAAAGGCACACAAAGCCGGUGAUGCACUUGCCGCCUUUGAGCUUGGAAAAGCUUAUGUGAGUGGAAACGGGAUGCCCAAGGAUGCUCAAAAGGCACGAGAACAUAUGAAGGCAGCGCAUGAUAGGGGCUACACCCUUGCAACAGUAGAGCUGGGACAGAUGUACCUGUCCGGCAUUGGUGGCCCUCAAAACACGAAACUUGGGCAAGAAAUGCUGUUGGCAGUGGAUUUUCCUCCAGCAAAGCCCAGAUUGGAUCAGAAGUCCUUGCUGCAGGGGUGGCUCACUGGUACAGCUGUGGACCUAUACCAGGCUGAUAUAGACAAUCUCAACAAGGAUGACUGGUGGCAACUGCGAGAACCUGAUGAAGAGGAUCCCGACUGGAUGCUGAAGGAAGCGGGUCUUUAUAUUGAAGAAGCUAAGACUGUGGAUUUGCCCUUUGGCAACAGCAAGGAGGUGAUGCCUCCACUAGGUUGUGAAGCAGGUGGACUUUGGCGUGCCACUUCAUCGUUCGGCAGCCUUCGUGUUGGAGAUCCUCUAUCGGUGUCAGCAGAACAAGCUGGAGCUGCCAAAGGUCGCCGAGCGGUGGUGGAGCUUCAGGAGAGUGGCGUGUCCAUCAUUGCUGAGUACGUUCUGCCAAAGGAGUACGAUGCCUUCAUGAGCAAGCACCAAGAAUCGAGCCGCAGCAGUUGCACCCCGUUCGGCGGCCUCUCCAGCAGGUUGAGACGCCUGAUGGGUGGGAAGAAAACCUGA